AUGGUGCAGAACUUUGCCCCAACCUUUCAGGAUUGCCUGAACCAAUGCGCAGCGACGACGGGGUGUGCUGCACUCUCCUUUGACCCGAGCCAGGAGUUUGGAUUCAAGAACUGCUACCUCAAGACCAUGGUGACCAACUCGAGCGCCGUUGCUGCUGAUCGACGUACCGAUUCCGCCAUGGCAGGUGGAGGGAUGUUGCCGAACUUACCAGCAAACCCCGGGCAGCCUUCAUCCGACCCAGGGGUGUCGAUAAUUCCUCUCCCAUCGUCGACUGUCGGGUCAGCAGCUGGAAACGGUGUCGUAUUUUUCACUCCUCCUCCAGGAAGCAGCACCGGGGUCUCGUCGACUGUCGAGCCCUCUUUGUCAACGGCAGACGCGUCCGUCACACAGUCACCUUCGACGACAGCGCUGCCCUCGUUUUUCCUCCCGGGGCCUACCUUGGCACCAACUUCAUCUAGCGGCACGGCAGUUCCCGAAACAGCUAGUCCAGAGACCAGGGAGACCUCUCCAUCGAUGGCCUGGAUUGCUGCCCCUGUUGUCGGUGGUAUUGCUGCUGUUGCCCUGAUCGCCGUUACGUUUAUCAUUCUCAAGCGGUGGCGGCGUGGUCAUGGGAAAGGCAAGAAGUCGGGUGGUUAUCAAUCGCCUGGCUUUUUUACGACCUGGUUGCCAUCGUCUUGGACAUCGUCUGAAGACGGAAAUCGAAGAGGUAACAAAAGGAUGACUGAGAUCAGCUCCGGGCGAAAGAAUGGUGAUGCACUGGUGAGUGUGAGGAACAGCGUUGCGGAGUUUUUGACCGGACGACCGAUGGGCAUGGAGAGGUUAGAGGAUAUCGAAGAGGGAGGACGGACCGGGCCUAAUACCAGUGGUGCUGGUACUGGUGCAGGUGCUGGCACCUCGUCUGGUGGCAACCAGAACAGCAAUAUGCCGAUAUUUGUGAUCAAGAAUGGGAGAAAGGAGCUCAGGAAAAGCUUCAAUGGAUUGGGACAGAAUGAAUGGACUGGUUAA